AUGAGCUGGUCACUUCCUGUCCUGUCACUGUCCCUGUCCUGUCCUGUUCCUGUCCUGUCCCGGUGUCGUCUGCACCCUGUCAAUCAUACCUGUACCACCUAUACUAGCGCAUUUCAAUGUGAUCCAACCCGUCGCCUCCUCGGCGAACCCGAUCCCAACAUCCAACACUCCCUUCAAUUCGCCAUUUCCUGCACCAUCAGUCCACCGCAGUGCACCCACAGUCCACCGACAUCAACCCUAGCUCUCCCGCAGCACACUGGCCACACCUUCAAUCCUGCGCGACGAUCUUCGCGCCAAUCUACCCAAUCACCACCCACAAUCCAUCUCCAGCUGUGA